UUAAAAAAUUUGGAUUGGUGUUUGUUCUCUUAGAUAACGCAAGUGUGUGGUAGACGAAGAAAGCUUGCGAUAAUGGCGGGGAAAAUGAGUUUGCAGUCUCGAUUUCUCUCCUCUUUCGUCGGUUCUGACCAUUUUCUGCAUUCCUCUCAACUUCUCUUCUCUUUCGUCGGCUCUGACCAUUUUCUGCAUUCCUCUCAACAUCCUCUUUAUGAACUCUUUCGCUAUUCUCCAGGAAGAACACGUGCUUGUAUGCAGUUGCCUAAAUCUUUAUCUGGCUUGACCAAUCUCUUAUUUAAUAGAAAUCACGAUCAAGUGUCAACAAGCGGUCGUAAACGUCUACGUUUAAAGCCUGGAAAGGUGUCUCCUCCUCGACCUGUUCCGUCACAUAUACAGAGGCCGCCUUAUGUGAAUUCUCGAAGACCUCCAGGAAUUGCAAGUGGACCUGAGGUGCAUGAUGAGAAAGGAAUAAAAUGUAUGAGAGCUUCUGGGAAAUUGGCUGCUCAAGUUCUUGAAUAUGCUGCAACUUUAGUCAAGCCAGGUGUGAAAACUGAUGAAAUUGAUGAGGCAGUUCAUCAAAUGAUAAUUGACAAUGGAGCAUAUCCUUCACCUUUGGGCUAUGGUGGAUUUCCUAAAAGUGUCUGCACGUCAAUAAAUGAAUGCAUUUGCCACGGAAUACCAGAUUCAAGGUCUCUUGAGGAUGGUGAUAUAAUCAACAUUGAUGUUACAGUUUACCUAAAUGGUUAUCAUGGGGAUACCUCCGCAACCUUCUUUUGUGGGGAGAUUGAUGAUGAAGCAAAACAAUUGGUUCAGGUUACUAAAGAAUGCUUGGACAAAGCAAUUUCAAUAUGUGGGCCAGGAGUGGAGUACAAAAAGAUUGGUAGAACUAUACAUGAACAUGCAGAUAAAUUUGGAUAUGGUGUUGUACGCCAGUUUGUUGGUCAUGGUGUUGGUCGGGUUUUUCAUGCAGAUCCCGUUAUUCUGCACUGCAGGAACAAUGAUGGUGGGCGCAUGCUAUUGAAUCAAACUUUCACCAUCGAACCAAUGCUCACAAUAGGAAGUUAUAAUCCGAUUAUGUGGGACGAUAAUUGGACAGUGGUUACGGAAGAUGGAAGUCUCUCGGCACAAUUUGAGCAUACGAUUUUGAUAACAGAAGAUGGUGCUGAGAUUUUGACUCAAUGUUGAAAUCUGUGAUACUACAUUUCAAUUGACAGCUUACUCUUUGCUCCCUGAAUUUGCUGCUUUGGCAAUAUUAAGAAAUGAAGAGGGGGAGACGAAGAAAUAGAAAGUACAAUUCUUAUUGCUCUGCUAAAUUCUCGUGGCUUUUGGCUCUAAUUAGCUUUAUUUUUUGGGAUUAGGUUGGGUGGAGAUGCAUGUGAAGAUGUAAUUGAAUAUUUUUAAAGCAUUAUACACUAACGCUACUGAGUUUUGAUGAUAAUUUUUUUUCAAUACUAAUACUUCUAUCUUCAAGGACAAGGAGCUUUGUAUUGAAAUGAAGAAAAUAUUAUUCCUUGAUUUA